AAGGAUCUCGUGGUAAAGUUACCGUUACUUUGUUUCUUGUUGUUUUUCGAAAACGAUACGUUUGAUUUUUCUUUUCGGCGCAAGUGGUGGGAAGAAGAAUAUUCGCACUCCGUCGCGAUUUCGGUUGACGCCGGAGACAUGAAGUUUACUAUGGCAUUCGUAGCAGUGAUGUUGCUGCUAGCUACUGUUCAAGCAGCAAGUCCGCAAAACCUGGGUAAACCAGUUCAACAGCCAGUCCAACUACAACCUCAGAAAGUAUCCGCCAAUGUCGGGGUUCGUCCGCAACAAGCAGCAAGGCGGAUGCAACAGCCUCAGCCUGACCCAUUGGAUGAACAUUUCGAUCACAUCUUUAACGCCUUCGUGGAGAAAACUCCAGGCAAGGAAGAUUCCGUGUGGGACCGUCUCAAGCGGAACUUCAUCGACGAGGAGCAAACGCGAACGAAACGCUCGGUUCGCCUCUUGCCGAACUCACUCAAGGGCAACCUCCUGGACAAGGUCUUCGAAGCUUCAACAACAGCCGCACACGCGUUCGUGAAAGUCAUAGACAAGGAAUACCCGACCCGCCGGCUUUUGCAUCGCGUUGACAAAGCCCUGGACUUGGUUCUUUUUCGCGUACCUCCAUUGUUGAAUCGAUUGGACCCUGUGUUGAACCUCGCAGCGAGCGCGCCCAGGUACUUGGCAUUACUCGAAGAGAUGGCGAAUACGCUUAGACCAGUCGGUCCCAUGAUCCCGAGGGUGAAUCGGUUGUUGGGUAGCUUGGAAAGGAUCGAUUUGCCGACAUUAGCAGCACGGGCUGAUAAUAUGCUGAUCCGAGUGACUAAUUUGCCGAUGGAACGGAUAGUUGAGGGCCUGUUCAAUACCUACGCGGAAGUGCGCAACUUGGGUGACAUGGCGUCGCAAUUCCAGCGGCUCGCCCCGCAAUUAAUCGCUGCGUUUCAGCAGAACAGAGGUUCUGGUUCUGUGACAACAACGACGACUAUGGCGACGACGACGACUGAGGCAGCUGCCGGCAAUGGGACUAGUUCUGAUAUCAGCACUACUAAACUCCCCGAAGGUCUCAUCAACAUUGACCCCCGUAUCUUGGCCAGGUUCGAACCGAAGGUCUUACAGAAUCUGAAUCCGGCCGUGUUUCGUCGCCUCACUCCGCAGUUGAUUGCAUCGAUUGACCCAGCAUUUCUGAAUGCUUUGUCCCCCGGUGUGCUACGGAACAUCAACCCGGACGUGAUUGCUGAAGUCGACCCCAAGUUCCUCAGAACAAUUAAACCCGAGGUGCUGAAUGCUUUGCCCGAAGAGAUCAUUCGUGACAUCACGCCGGAGAUCGUGAAAACCUUUGAACCCGAGUUACUCGAUAGUGUGGAUCCAGAGUUGAUCAAGAGUCUGGACGCGGAUACGAUCCGCAAUUUGUUGUUUCCGCAGAAUAAUCGCCGGAGCGACAUUAUUAAGAUGAUGGCGAACCGGAGAAUUCCGCCGGAAAUGAGGACGGAGCAAAUGUUGCCGGAAACUCCUCGCAACACCGGCGAUCGCAUGAGUCGCCGCACAAUCUGGCGUCAUAAAGAAGGCACUCUCAUCAAGCCAAGAUUGCUCGCGAAAGUCUACGAGGCAGUGAUCGUAGCCUCCAAAGCCGGUCUCAAAGUGGUCAACAAGGCCUACAAUGUGCCGUACCUCCUGAGCCGAGUUCACACGGCACUGGACAUAACCGACAGAUUGCCUUACAUCUUGGACAGAACCGAGAACCUUUUCGACCCCUUAGAUCGUCUCGAAAAUUACUUGGAAAGAGUGCGAAUCUUGGAGAAGAAUUUGCAACUAACGUACCCCCUGCUUCCGCAACUGCCGCGCAUGGUGGACAUGUUGAAUCAGAUUGACUUCCUCGGGUUGACCAGGAAAGGAGAGAAACUGUUGGACAGAGUUGCGAAUAUUCCGAUUGAAAAUUUGGUGGAAACUGCGUCCAACUUGGCCACGGAUUUCAAGUCCAUCACUGAUCUAGUCAAGCAGGCGCAAAGUCUCAUCCCGAGCUUGAUUCCGUUGUUCUUGGGCAACCGAGGUGGCGGUGGAUCAUCAUCAUCCUCUUCUUCCUCAUCUUCGAAACCGGCUUCUUCAUCACCACCUGAGAAACCAGAUGACAACGAUGAGUCAGUAGUGUUCUUCCCUCCAUUGGACGAGGAUGAAGAAGACUAUGACGAUACCGAUAGUAAGGAAACGACCACCAGUGCGAAGCAAACGACAUCUAGUGUUAAGCAGACUUCGGUGGAAACUACACAAGCACCAGCAGCGAGUAGUGGACCAAAAAUUACUAUGAUGGUCAUUGAUCCGAGCGUGGUUGCCAAGUUGGAUCCCAAAUUGUUGGCUCAAAUAGAUCCCAAGGUGAUCCAGAACAUAAACCCAGCGGUAUUCGCAGCGAUUACACCCGAGAUUCUCGAAGCACUGGAUCCAGAGAAGUUGAACCAACUCGAGCCGAAGGUUUUGAGGAAUCUGAAUCCAGAGUUUCUGCGGAAGAUCGACCCGAAAGUGUUGAAAGCUAUUCCUCCGAGUUUGUUGAACUCUUUGCCGGAGGAACUCUUGAGGGACUUCGAUCCCUCGCUGUUGGAGAACCUGGAUUCUUCAGUUUUCGAGAACCUGGAUCCCGAUUUCUUGAAAACGUUGGAUGCCGAAACUAUUCGAGCCUUCCUGGCGCCUGGGAAUAGAAGACGUAGACAUGACAGAAUGACUUCGGAGGACUUUUUCAAGACGUUGUACAAGGCUUUGGGGCCCAGAGGAGGCAAGAUCAGCUAUAGAAUUCUCCCGUGAUUUCAUUAGCGCAUACGAGCCU